AUGUCUGAUUGUUUCGGCUUCAGAAAGAAGCGCUCAGCGCAAAAUAGCGAGACGGAACCCCUCCUCCCAGUCUACAACGACGAAACCUCCCUCCAACGCGCUACUCACCAAAAGUUACAUUCCUACCAGCAAUUCCGUGCCUUAUCCAAAGGUUAUAUGCCCAGCACUGACCAAACUAUCGCGAAUUUGAGGACCUUCCUCGCUUCAGACGUCUUGAAUCCUAAUACGCCAGGGUUAACAGAUAGUGGACGGUUGUUGACGAAGUAUACGAAGCAGUGGCUGAGGGAAUUUAUUGAACUGUUGAGGAAGAAGAAUAAUGAGGAUCAGAUCCAAGAUUUUAUUUGGUUUUUGGUUCAUGCGAGGUUGGAGGUUGAUACGGUGGAUUUGGUGCGCUCGGCGCAAAGGGCGCGGGGGAAGGCGGAUGUAUCCGCUGCAUACCAAAGUGCCAAAACUAUCUCCAGCCUGCUCAUAAGCAACUCCUCCUUCCGCCUCCUACUAUCAGAUCUUAAUAGAAUAGGACGGCAAGUCUUCACCGACACAGCAACUACGCUUUCCAACGUCGCUGAAGAUGCCGCAAAACAAAUUGAGCCAUCAUCCUCCACCCUUCACAGGCAGUCCUACUCCGAGGCAGUCAAGAAUACCUCGAAGAAAGAAGUAGUACCCACAACUAAUGACCUCGAGGCGUCGGCAACCGAGGUAGCAGAAGUCGUGGUAGACGGGUUAAAAGAAACGGGAAAAGAAGCCGUCUCUAGUGCUCAGGAGAACCUAUCUUCGCGCUCGGAAAAGGAAGAACUUAUCCAACAUCUCAAAGCUGCCGUCACCUCUCUUCGUCAACGACCCUCGUACACAGAUUCUGUCACCACGCUGACGCGGGUCCUACAGCAGUGCGCGAAAGCUUACUCGCGCGCCGCAGAGGACACGCUUCACACUGUGCAAGAGGACGUUGAUACAAACGCUGAGUUAGACCGUGCGGUGCAGAGUGGGUGGGCAUUAUUAAGUACUUUUGGAGAGAAGAAGGAAUGGGAUGAUUUGAGGAAGCGGUUUGAUAAAGUGAUGGAACAUGCACGGGGAACCGAUCCUGAAUUCGAGAAAGUUAUAGAGGAACUGGCGAAUUCGGUUCAGGAUAUGCUUACGGAUCCAGAGUUUUUCGAGAAAGGGGGCGGGAAAGGGGUAGGUAAUGUGUUAGACGAAUUAAAGGGGAAGGGGAAAGAGGUAGGCUCUACGGAAUCACAGCUUCGGAAGGACGUCGAUGCACUGCUGCAACAAGCGCGCAAGACAUUGCAUUCUGUGAUAAACGACACGGAUGUCUCAAAGUUAAUAUCUACAACAAUGCGUCUAUGGAGCAUAGUGACGCCCACAAACAAAACAUCCAACGCCGAGCUCGUCAUUGACAGCUACACCAUCUUCAUCCCAAUGCUAAUCCAAGCAAUCCAAUACAUCCCGAUCCCACGUCUCGAAAUCGCCGUUCCAGAGCUGGACCUGCUCCUCGAAAACCUCAUCCUCGAACCAGGACGCACGGUAAACAACACAUCAUUCCUCCCCUUCCGUCUCAAAGUAGAAACAUACAACGACCUCACGAUCCACAAACGCCGCUUCCGCACCGUAUCCACCGUCGCCUCUCUCGUGACCAUAAAAAUCCAAGGCCUGUCCGUCCGCGCCGACGAAGUCGGCUUCUGGAUGCGCUCUCACAAGGGACUAUUCAGGCUCACAGAUGAAGGAAUAGCAUCAUUCCACCUCGACGAGCGAGGCAUCGACAUCGAGCUCGAUGUGGAGAUCGGACGGGAACGCGUCGAGAAAAUCUUGUCACUUCGCGCAGUGCGCGUUAAGAUCCAUCAUCUAAAUUACACACUCAGACGCAGUAAACUAGCAUGCUUAGCAUGGCUAUUCAAGCCUGUGUUACGCCCAUUGAUCCGACAUGUGCUAGAGAGACAGAUCGCGAACGCGAUUGCGGAUUUCUUCCAUGCGGCGAAUAGGGAGCUGUUGUUUGCAAGGGAGAGACUGAGAGCAACGAGGAUUAGUGAGCCAAGGGAUAUCAUGACGUUUGUGAGAGCGGUUGUGACGAGAUUGACACCGCAGGAGGAUCCCGAUGUAUAUGCCAGUGUGGGCGUUACGGGUGGUGUGGCGAAGCCUGGUAACGUGUUUGCGGGUAGGUAUGCGCCUGGUAGCGUCGUGAGACUUUGGGAGGAGGAGGCUAGGAGGGCCGGGGAGGUGGUUGAUGAUAAUGCAGAGAAUAGGUGGAGGAAUGAUAUCUUUGAUACAAAGACUGUAGUACCCGAGGAACAUGUGUAG